AUGGCAGACGAAACACCCAAGGACAACAGUCCCAAAACUGAACCCACCCAUGUGGAGACCAGCGAAGAUGCCGAGACAAGAGCUGCUCGCCGGGAGCUCAAGCAAUCAUCUAUUUCCGACUCGGACAAGGCCUCUGCAGCCGUAAAUGGGGACGAUAAGGCUGAGGACCCCUCAACGCCCACCCCCGAUACAUCCAUAGUACAGAACGACGAGGAAAAAGUUCUCUCGCCCAAGAAGAAACGCUCACACGAUCAGUUGGGCGAGGAUAAGGACACAGAUGACAAUGACGCCACCAGCACGACAUCGACAGACUCAGCUAAGGACCGAGCCUCGAGGUUAGAACCAGAGAAGAAGAGACAUCGCGAAGGCGAGGCGGGCAAUGCCCCAUCGGAUCAAACCACAACCGUCGCCGAUUCGAAGCAAAUACCACCUGGCAGCUCUCCUACGAAAAAAGAGGUACAAACAUCAGCUAGCGCAUUUGCUGCCUCGGGAUUUGGGCAACUAUCCUCGGCAUCUUCGCCUUUUGCAGCGUUAGGAAAUACCAAAGGAAGCGGGUUCGGAGCAGCAGCUGGCCCGCCACUAUCCUCCUUCGCCUCCCCAGCACUGGCACCUGCUGCUUCGUCGCCCGAGGCACCUAAGUUGACUUUUGGUGGCGCGAGCAGCAGUGCUUCGCCUUUCGGUGGUUUGGCCGCAAAGACGUCCAAUGGUUUUGGAAGUGCGUUUGGCAGUGGGGGUGGCGCUUUUGGCUCUGCCUUGUCUGGCAUCAAGCCGCUGGGCAGCUUUGCCGCUCCCGGUAGCCAGCCUCUUGCGAAGGGCAAGCCAGCGAAGCCAUUCGGUGCGCCGGAUAGUGAUGCAGAAGACGAUGGUUCAGACGAGGAGGCGGAGGGCGAUAGCCAGCCUGAUGAGGGACGAGCCGCAUCCCCAGAGAAGGAAUCGGAAGAAAAGAAGAAACUCAAGCUUCAGAAAGUCGAGGUCAACGAUGGCGAAUCUGGCGAGGCAACGAUCGUUUCCGUAAGAGCAAAGGUAUUCUACCAUGACAAAGAAGUAGGAUGGAAGGAGCGGGGAGCCGGUAUGCUCAAGAUAAACGUCCCCGAGGCCUGCGUCGAAUUUGAUGACGCCGGCGUACCAGUUCCCGGGUCGUUUGAUGCUUCAGGCUUCGAACUGGACGAGGACGAAGGGGAUAAGGCGGGCAAGGGUCACAAGGUAGCGCGCCUUAUCUUGCGGCAAGAUCAGACGCACCGUGUGAUUCUGAAUACUGCUAUAUUGCCCACGAUGAAAUUCCAGGAAAGAGCCUCGUUGAAGUCUGUCGGCAUCAUAUUUACAGCAUUUGAGGGAGAGGAUGCUAAGCCCGUGAGCAUCACGGUUAAGAUGACGGCUGCAAAUGCGAAGAUUUUUAUGAACGAGCUUGGUAUUUCAUUGUCUAAACUUACAUGGACGCGAGCUCGUUCAAUGAAUAUGCCGCGACAGCUGCCUGGUUCAGAAGGCCUCCCUGAAGGUUCCGCUGGGACACAGACAGGGAAGCGCAAACAAAAGGAGAAGAAUGGAGCUCCUCUAGGGGCAUCAAAGGUCAGAAAAACUGGAAAAAGCCCAGGUCUAGAUUCGGAAGACCAGUCUUCGUCGUCUACUGGCAGUAAGCGAGCCAAGUCAAGACCUCGACCAAGCCUGAAACAGACAACGACUGAAGUUGUUGAGUGUAGGAUCGAAUGGCCCUCGUCAUUCACCGCCCUUAAUGAGACUCAUCGUGCUCUAAAUCUAGUCUUCACGUUCUGUUGCACGCGGAAGCAUUUGGCUACCACUUUUGAUACGAUUAGAACUGCUGUGGAGAGCCAUAUCAAACGACCACUGAAAAUCGAAGAGGUGGCGUCAAUUGUUGCCUUACGACCAGAAGGAAUCAAAUUUGCCUAUGUGGAUGAAGUUAUGCUUGAACUAGAUGUGAAAGGGUCGGAGAGAGAUGAUACUUUCAAGUCUUCAAAGUCAAGCCGCACUCAGGUCCCCGCACAUGACUCCUCUGUUGGGGGUUGGUCGGGCAAGGAGACCCUUGAUACAUAUCAUGAACGGCAGAUUGCGCCGAGCGGGAAAGAAGUUCUCUUCUUCGAGUUCAUUGAUGGCGAAUUGAAGCGCCAGGUCAUGGACCCGAAGACUGGGGAGCCAACCAAAGCAACUCGCAAAUUACGAGACGAAGAGCUCAAGAUGCCUGUGUUCAGUCAGAAACAGAUGUUGCAGCUUAUUGAGCGACGGAACCAAAAAUUUUCCAAUGCGAUAAGCAAUUUUCUCAACAAGUGCGAGGAGGAUAUGGUUGACCCAGAUAUUGUGUUGGCAGAGCGCACGAAGCAGUAUAUUCCCGUUGCAUCAUCAUCAUCACCAGUUGAUGAUCAAGCAGCCCUGGUUGCUUCUGACAUUCCAGAUCAUAUUCCCAAGGAAAGAAAACCUAUACCGGAAAUACUAGAAGAGCUCAAACAGAGCUUGUGGUACACUGGCCAAAUUGUCCCGGAUGGACAUCGCGUUUUCGAGGAACAAGAACCUGUGUACGGAGAUCUCAACUUUCUCCUCAGCCAGGAUUUGGUGAAUGCACUUUACAAUACGAAGGGGAUAACCAAGUUCUAUGCUCACCAAGCUGAGGCGCUCAACAGCCUUUCCGAUGGCCACAAUGUUGUGGUGUCAACGUCGACAAGUUCCGGAAAGUCUUUGAUUUACCAGUUGCCGAUUAUCCAUGCUUUGGAGAGAGACCCUCAUGCGCGUGCAAUGUACAUUUUCCCUACCAAGGCUUUAGCUCAGGAUCAGAAGCGAAGUCUGAAGGAAGUUAUGUCGUACAUGCCGGGCCUCGAAGAAACUCUUGUUGAAACCUUUGACGGGGACACGGCGAUGUCUGAGCGUAGGACUAUUCGCGAAGAGGCCAGAAUCAUCUUUACCAACCCAGACAUGCUUCAUAUUACUAUUCUGCCACAGGAAGAGAAGUGGAGGAUAUUUUUGCAGAAUCUGAAAUUCGUCGUGGUCGAUGAGCUGCACUACUAUAAUGGGCAGAUGGGGUCACAUGUUGCAUUCAUUAUGCGAAGACUGCAACGAAUUUGCACAGCGUUGGGGAACCGUAAGAUCAAAUUCGUGAGUUGCUCUGCGACUGUAGCAAACCCGAAAGAACAUUUCAGCACGAUAUUUGGCAUCCAGGAUGUACGCUUGAUUGACUUUGACGGGUCACCUUCCGGCCGGAAAGAGUUCGUAUGCUGGAACACCCCAUAUAGGGAUCCCGGAGACCCGGCGAGUGGCCGGGGGAGCGCUAAGUUUGAGUGUGCUCGCCUUUUCUGUGCCCUUAUGCUGCGAGGGGUUCGUAUAAUCGCCUUUUGCAGGGUGCGGCAUCAGUGUGAGAAGUUGGUCAAUGCCAUUAAACACGAGUUGCAGCUCAUGGGCCGGCCAGAGUGUGUCAAUCUUGUCAUGGGGUAUCGAGGAGGCUACACAGCAGCAGACCGACGAAGAAUUGAGAGCGAAAUGUUCGAAGGGAAGCUGCUUGGGAUUGUAUCAACCACUGCUCUGGAGCUUGGAAUCGACAUUGGCUCUCUAGAUUGUGUCAUGACCUGGGGAUUCCCAUAUACAAUUGCAAAUCUACGACAGCAGAGCGGCCGGGCUGGGCGACGUAACAAAGACUCGGUAUCGAUUCUGGUGGGUGACAGCUUUCCUACAGACCAGCAUUACAUGCAAAACCCAGACGAGCUAUUCACAAAACCAAAUUGCGCUCUGCAAGUUGAUUUGGAGAACAUGUUGGUUCGGGAAGGGCACAUCCAGUGCGCGGCAUAUGAGAUGCCCCUUCGACCAAUGGAAGACCGACGGUACUUUGGCGAAGACCUCCCGCAGAUAUGUAAAGAAAGACUCGUCGAGGAUGAGACUGGAUAUUUUCACUGCCACGAUCGGUUCCGUCCCGUCCCGUCCAAGUUUGUGGCUAUUCGAGAUACAGAAGACGAACACUUUGCAAUCAUCGACAUAACAAACGGAAAAAACACAGUCUUGGAAGAACUGGAGGCGUCGAGAGCUACAUUUACUAUCUACGAUGGUGCCAUUUUCCUUCACCAGGGAAACACUUAUCUUGUACGGGACUUCUUACCUGACAAGCACAUGGCCAAGGUCGAAAAGGUCAAGGUAGACUGGACAACUACGCAGCGGGACUUUACAGACAUUGAUCCUACUGAGACAGAAGCGAUUUCCCGAAUAUCCGGGUCACCAUACCACGCAUAUUAUGGGAAGAUCAAGAUUCAACAGAACGUAUUCGGCUUUUUCAAGGUGGAUAGGAAUGGACGUGUCCUUGAUGCGAUUCAAGUGGACAAUCCACCCGUGAUCAGGUAUAGCAAGGGAGUAUGGCUUGAUGUGCCCAAGGUGGCACUGGACAUUCUACAAGAACGACGAUUGAAUUCUGCAGCGGCCAUUCACGCAGCUGAGCAUGCUAUGAUGAGCUUGUUGCCGACUUAUGUCGUCAGCAUGCCCGGCGAUGUCCGCACGGAAUGCAAAGUCGCUCUCAAGGAGUUUGCAAAAAAAGAGACCCAGCGCAAGCGACCUGCGCGGUUGACAUUCUAUGACGCCAAGGGCGGUGCAGGAGGGUCGGGGAUCAACACUAAAGCGUUUGAUCAUAUUGAGCAUCUACUGAGGGGCGCACUGAAGAGGGUUGAGGAGUGCCAGUGCCAGCGUGGCUGCAUAGAGUGUGUGGCUUCCGAGCUAUGCAAGGAGUCAAACGAGGUGAUGAGCAAGGCUGGCAGUCAAGUAGUACUGAAAAGCUUGUUGGGUAUCAAGAUUGAUAUCGAGGAGCUGCCAUUGGGGCCCGAGGACUAUUCGCCGAUCGGGAUUGAGACGGUUGUGACGGCCGAGCCUGUGCCAUUCAGAGGGCACCCUCCGCCUGAAGUGGUUACGAUAAAGGAGGAGGAGGAGGAUUAG